UUCAUGCAACUUUGCUGCUGACUAGUAUGGAUAUCUUUGGCCUAACUCUAAGGUUGUUUCGAGCUGAGAUCCGAAAACUGCUAUUGAUCAUUGGUACAGUUUCUAUCGUAAUUAUUUUUCAGUGUAUUGCACUUCCUUACGGGAAAGUAUUUUCUUCAUUACCUGCUAAUAAGAGUUCAAUAGUUAGCAAUGCCACUAUUUUAAAUAACUUGAACACGGUUAAACUCUUUGUUAAUGUGGUGGCAAAUGAUGCUAAUGGCUCUGAUUCCGAGGAAGAAGCUAGGUACUGGAGGAAUACACCAGUAGCAAAUAUGGAUACUGAUUUGGCCUCUGAAGUUGACGGAUACCUUGGUGAUUCUUUUCAUAAAUUCAAGGAUCAAAAUUCUUAUGAUUUGACAUCAAAGCAGAGGAAAACCCAGGGUAAGAGUUUGAUGACUUUAUACAAUACUAGUACUGAUAAUAGUUCUACUCAAGUGAAGGCUGCAGAAAUUCAACAUGAUCACUUCGGGAUGGUGGAAGAAACAAAAAACAGUGAGAAAAUGAGCAAUCAUCCAAAAGCCACUACUGGCUAUGGUAUUGUGCCGUUUAUAUCAUCUGUAGUUGCCACUGAAGGUCUACAAAACUUGGAUCCUAAUUCAGGGACUUCUGGCUCAUUUUUUGGUGCCAACUUAUCUUCGCUGAGCAAUACCAAAAGAUCUAUUGAAACACAACAUCGGAAUUCUAAACCACUGCAAAAUGCAUCAGCCCUUAUAGACAAUUAUUCUACAAAAGCUAUUCCUUUAUUGAAGAGAUGGGAUAAGAAGCCCAUAUCAGUAUCCCAGAUGAAUUCAUUAUUGCUUCAGAGUACUGAUUCUUCUCGUUCUUCGAGACCAAGACGGUUUUCAGCACGUGAUCGUGAACUUCUAUCUGCAAAACAAGAGAUUGAGGAUGCUCAUGUUUCAAGAAAGACUCCAGUGCUUUAUGCGUCUGUUUAUUGGAAUAUUUCCAAGUUUGAGAGGAGUUAUGAGGUGAUGGAACAAAUACUCAAAGUUUACGUAUAUAGAGAAGGAGCAAAGCCCAUAUUUCAUCAGCCAAUGAUGAGGGGAAUUUAUGCCUCAGAAGGAUGGUUUAUGAAACUCAUAGAAGGAAACAAAAAGUUUGUUGUGAAAGACCCUAGAAGAGCUCAUUUGUUUUACUUACCCAUUAGUUCAAAUAUGCUAAGGACCGCACUGUAUGGACAAGAUUUUCAAAAUUUCCAGGACCUACAGAAAUACCUUAAGGAUUAUGUUGAAUUUAUUGCUGGAAAAUAUAGCUUCUGGAACAGAACUGGUGGUGCAGAUCAUUUUCUUGUUGCUUGUCACGAUUGGGCGCUCAAAUUGACAAAGCACAUAAGUUGUCUUAGAGCUCUUUGCAAUGCCAAUGCUGCUAAAGACUUCAAAGUAGGGAAGGAUACCACUCUUCCAGUUACGUACAUACGUUCUGCAGAGGCUCCUUUGGAAAAUCUUGGAGGAAAGCCUCCCUUAGAGAGAAAUACUCUGGCCUUCUUUGCUGGGGGGAUGCAUGGUUAUCUCCGACCAAUCCUGCUGCUGUACUGGCAGAAUAAAGAACCUGAUAUGAAAAUCUUUGGACCAAUGCCUCGCGAUAUUGAAGGUAAGAGAAAUUACAGAGAGCAUAUGAAGAGCAGCAAGUAUUGUGUAUGUGCUAGAGGUUAUGAGGUUCAUACGCCAAGAGUGGUUGAGGCAAUUUACUAUGAAUGCGUGCCAGUUAUCAUAUCAGACAACUAUGUGCCACCAUUCUUUGAGGUGUUGAACUGGGAGACCUUUGCAGUUUUUGUACAGGAGAAAGAUAUCCCUAAUUUGAGAAACAUUCUGCUCUUUAUACCUGACGAGAAGUACUUGGAGAUGCACUCAAGACUAAAGCUGGUGCAGCGACAUUUCCUUUGGCACAAAAAGCCAGUGAAGUAUGACUUAUUCCAUAUGAUCCUUCACUCGGUCUGGUACAACAGAGUUCUUCACAUAAAAACCUGAUGAAGGUUUUUAUUCUUGAAGUUUCUUGGAACUGGGAAAUAAAGAAAGGGGGCAUAAACCAUAAGCGAAUUGCUGAUGUUUUUGCCAUGAACUGAUUUACGGAGACUGAGAGGAACAAAUUAUUCAGUUCAGUGUAUUUGAAAUGAAGCUGGCUGAUAUUAUUAAAAGUUCGGUGAACAACUUGAGAACCAGUCGUUGUAUGGCCUUUGCAGCUGUCACUGAUGGUGCAAGAUGGUGCAAAAAGGCAAUAGCUCGUUUGUCAUAUAUUAAACUUAUUUCCAUGCGUCAACCGUGUAAAGCCAAUGCAGUAGCUGCCGUCAUUCACCUGUUUUUCAGCUAUUUAGCUGCUCUUCAAGUUUCUUGGCUGUAAAUAUGACGAUCCUGUUGUGUCUUGAAUUCUUAACCAAACUGAUUAUUCUUACACGUGGGUGUAUGCUCAUAGUCUAAUGUGAAUGUCAGUCAAGCAAGGGAACUUAAACGGAUUUCAUUGUCCUUUUCAUAGAUUUCAGAGGAGUAUUAAUUUGAUGAAAUUAACACAUUUCUUCUACUAAUGCGGCCUAAGCAUGGU